AUGGAACAUGUCCUGCCGCAAAAACCUGGUGCUUUCUUUAUUGAUGGUCCAGGAGGUACGGGAAAAACGUUUCUCUACAAUGCUCUAUAUGCAGAAAUUCGACAACUGAACAAGAUUGUUUUGCCUACUGCUACAUCGGUAAUAGCUGCAGCUAACAUUCCUUCAGGGAGAACUGCUCAUUUGCGGUUCAAAAUCCCGAUUGAUGAUGAGGGUUCACUGGCAUGCGAUGUUCCAAAACAAGGGAGUUUAGCUGCAUUGUUAAAGGAAACCGCUCUAAUAAUAUGGGAUGAGGCUUCUAUGGCUAAAAAACAAAAUGUUGAAUCCUUAGAUCUUUUAUUGCAGGAUAUUUGUGGAAAUAAGGUAGUGUUUGGAGGGAAAGUAGUUGUUUUGGGAGGAGAUUUCCGACAAGUGUUGCCAGUGGUCCCACGUAAGACAAUGAAUGAAGCAGUAGAGGCAAGUAUUGUCACUUCUUAUCUGUGGCCUAGAUUUGUGAAAUUUAGGCUGACAGAAAAUAUCAGGGCACGGGAAGACCCAGGAUAUGCUUCUUUUUUGCUUGGUUUGGGAAAUGGCGAACUGCAGCAAAUAGAAAACGCUUUUGUCAACCUACCGGAACAUGUUGUACAAUGCACAGAUGACUUUACAGACUUAGUUGCCACUGUUACAGAAACAACAUUUCUAGAAAUUGGCCGUGGCUACUUUGACAGUGAGGUUUUCACAAGAAAGGCGAUUCUGACACCCAUGAAUGAUGAUGUGGAUGGUAUAAACACAUUCAUGAUCGAGAAAUUCCCUGGCUGUGCUGUGACUUACAAGAGUUUUGAUGCUGUUGUUAAUGAUACAUGCAGUAUAUAUCCUAAGAAUUUAUUAACAAGCUGUGCCCAGGUGGUGAGUCCUCAUGAGCUUGUGCUAAAGGAAAACUGCCCAGUGAUACUGCUAAGGAAUUUGCUUCCAUCUUCAGGUCUUUGCAACGGUACAAGGUUAAUUUGCAGGAAGUUUUUUCCGAAUGUCAUUCAGUGCACUAUAGUAGUUGGUCAUUACAAGGGAGAGGAAGUUUUUAUCCAUAGGAUUAAUUUAAGGCCUUCUAAGUCUGUCAAGUAUCCGUUCAUGUUUGAACGAAAAUAA